AUGUCGGCUGCGCAGCUAAAACCACAUCGGUUCACGUCAUUUUCAGAUCUGCCCGUCGAGGUCCAGCUUGAGAUUUCACAGCAUCUCGACCUGACAUCGCUGAAAUCAUUCAGGCAGGUUGAAAGAGGCUGCAUCGCCGCGACAUCCAAGCAUUUGUUCAAAGAAAUCAAGCUAUGGCCUCUGAUAUGGAGCUGGACUCGCUUGGAAGCCAUGAGCCAAAGCCCGUUCGUCCACGAUUAUGUUGACACUUUAAGAUUGCAUACCAUCGUGCUCAAUACGAGCUACCUGGAAUCAAAAAGCGGUCGGGAAGACUUCAUACGCAUGAUGCAACGCAUUCACCGGCAGAAUACUCCUGCUUGCCACGACUCUAGCGUUUCUACUGACCCUCUGAGCGACCAAGAAGCUAAUACCCUAUUUGCGAAGUAUAGAUUGUACGUGGGGGCCCAAAGACUCUUCGAGAAGCUUGAUGUGACAGCAAUCCGCCGUGUGAUCUGCGGCUUUUCAAACUUGAAGGCCAUUGUCUGCGACGAGCGCAGGUACAAUAUUUUUGACAGUAAUAUCGACUUUCUGCCUGGACCAUCGUUGGCCAGGUCUGUCGAUCUCACCACACGUGCUGACUUGACAACUACGCCGGUUCUUGACCCUUUCUAUUGCGCGUGUAUGAGCUCUAGACUCCAUCAUCUGAUCCUGGAGCCUGUCCUCUGGCGUCAUCUCCCUGUGAGCGACGAAGAAGAUAUACCUAGCAGUGAACAGCAGGCAGAGCCCAGAACGUAUGACGACCAUCGCACCCUCGUUCUGAGCCUUGAUAAUAAAGGUUACCUCACCAGUUCUCGCAUGCAGGACACGUAUCUCGCACGGUUGACGAAUUACAUUUCGCGUUACACUAACCUCGGAAUGCUUACUUUGAGCUUCGGGGCAACCCACUUCCUGUACAACUAUGCCGAGAUUCUGUUGAAGAUUUCCGCUGCAUUGACGAGACUACACCUGCCUCAAUUAUGGUAUCUAGCCUUGGCGAACGUCUUUACUACUGAGAAAUCCAUGACAAAACUGCUCCAGAACCACUCAAAGAGCCUGCGCUUCCUGCAGCUUAGCUCGAUAGGAGUCGGCCUCCCUAGGAACGCUAGGGAAAGGGAAUCAGUGCUGUCUCUGUUCUGGAAAAUUCGCCAGGUGACUUUCUUGGAGAAAGUCAAACUCAAGGGCUUGUUCACCAACAUGGUGGACGAAGCUUGGGAGGCUACUGAAGGCAAGCAGCUGGGUUGUCGCACUCAACUUGAAGACUUCAUGUCGCAUAAAAUCGACUGGCCGGUGGGAGUGAGUCUAGAGGAGUAUCUUCUGUUGAAGGAGGAACGCCUCGCUGCAACCAAGCAAGAGGCAAAGGCAAAUGCAGCCGAAACGUUAUGGCAAGACCGUUCAUGGGCUUGGUCAGCAUACUUCAUUGAAAGGUGUCGAGGAUUUAUUCUGCUCCAAGCAGAGAUGCGCUAA